GAAGCCGAAAUCAAAGCUCAAUCGCGGUACCUGAGAGCAUUACAACAAUGUUUUUCCAGAAAUUAUCGUCGGAAAAAAGGUAAGUUUGCUGAUUUUGGAGCUACCCAUUUAGAGUAAUGUUGAGAAGAUCGAAAAAACUUGCAUUUCAUGUCAGAAAAAACCUACAAUCUGUUUCUAAAACCCCAUGUUCAGCUUUCUCAUCUGGGCAUCAUUCCCAGAGCAAUCAACCAGAUUCUGAAAAUGAAUGGCAGAAAUUACUCAAACCAUUUGACCUCGAUGAACUUCGAAAAUCAUUCAAUAAGAUUACUCCUUAUCAGCUUUCAAAAUUGCUUGAACUUCCACUUGAUGUUCCCACAUCUUUGAAGUUGUUUCAAUGGGUGGGUUCACAGAAAGGCUAUUGUCAUACUUUUGACGUGUAUUGUGUUCUUAUUGAAAAACUUGGGGCAGCUAAGGAAUUUAAAGCCAUAGAUAGGUUGUUGGUGCAAAUGAAAGAAGAAGGGAUCGUUUUUAGAGAAUCCCUCUUCAUUUCGAUCAUGAAAUGUUAUGGAAGAGCCGGUUUGCCAGGUCAGGCUACUAGAUUAUUAUUGGAUAUGAAGAGUGUUUACUUUUGUGAAAUAACAUAUAGGUCUUACAAUACUGUCUUGAGUAUUCUGGUAGCUGGGAAUUGUUAUAAAGUUACUCCAAAUGUUUUUUAUAACAUGUUAAAUAACGGUGUAUCUCCUGAUAUUCUUACAUUUGGUUUGGUAAUGAAAGCCCUUUGUAUGGAUAAUGAAGUAGAUUCUGCAUGCUCAUUACUUAUGGAUAUGACGAGACAUGGAUGUGUGCCUAACUCAGUCAUUUACAAUACUUUGAUUCAUGCAUUGUCGAAAGGCAACAGAGUUAUUGAAGCAGUGAAACUUUUGGAGGAAAUGUUUCUGAUGGGUUGUGCUCCUGAUGUUCAGACUUUUAAUGAUGUUAUAUAUGGCCUUUGCAAGCUCGAUCGUAUCCAUGAGGCAGCGAAAAUGGUUGAUCGGAUGAUUCUCCGGGGCUACACCCCUGAUGCAGUUACUUAUGGGUUGUUAAUGCAAGGGCUAUGUAAAGCAGGCCAAGUUGAUGAAGCAAGGGCAUUAUUACACAAAGUGCCCAACCCAAAUGUUGUUAUCAUAAACACCCUGAUAAAUGGAUAUGUGGCAAGCGGACGUUUUGAAGAAGCUAAAGCUGUCGUGUAUGAUAUCAUGUUAUGUAUUGGCUGUAAGCCUGAUGUUUUUACAUUUAGCAUUUUGAUUCAUGGACUUUGCAAGCAAGGAUGUCUAGGUUCAGCUCUUGAAUUGGUUAAUGAGAUGGAAAGCAAGGGUUGUAAGCCCAAUGUGAUAACAUACUCAAUUUUGAUUGAUGGAUUAUGCAAGGAAGGUCGGGUGGAGGAAGUUGGUUAUGUUCUAAACAGCAUGUCAGCAAAAGGAGUGAGCCUGAAUACUGUUGUGUAUAAUACCUUAAUAAGUGCACUAUGCAAAGGUGGAAAAAUCCAUGAAGCACGAGAUAUGUUUGAUGAAAUGUCAAGAAAAGGCUGUAAGCCUGAUAUAUUUACGUUUAAUUCACUAAUAUCUGGUUUAUGCAAGGUCAAUCAAAUGGAAGCGGCAUUGGGUCUGUAUCACAACAUGAUGGUUGAGGGGGUUAUUGCCAACAAAGUGACAUACAACACUCUGAUUCAUGCUUUUCUAAGGUGGGGUGAGAUCCAGGAAGCACUUAAGCUUGUAAAUGAAAUGUUAUUUAGAGGAUGCCCCCUUGAUGAAAUCACUUACAAUGGCCUAAUAAAGGCCCUUUGUCGAGCUGGGGCAAUCGAAAAAGGCCUGGGAUUGUUUGAAGAAAUGACAAGGAAAGGAUUUGUUUCAAGUAACGUAUCUUGUAAUAUACUGAUAGAUGGAUUUUGUAAGGCUAGGAAAGUCAAUAAUGCACUCGAAUUUCUAAGAGAAAUGGUUCAUCGGGGUUUAACGCCGGAUCUAGUUACCUAUAACAGUCUGAUAAAUGGUCUAUGUAGAACCGGACGAAUAAGGGAGGCUUUGAGUUUGUUUGACAAAUUAGAAGCUGAAGGAAUUUAUCCUGAUGCUAUUACUUAUAACACUUUGAUCAGUUGGCACUGCAAAGAGGGCUUGUUUGAUGAGGCCUGUUUAUUUAUACAAAGAGGUUUGGAGUCUGGCUUCAUACCCAAUGAUGCGACUUGGUUUAUUUUGGUCAGCAAUUGUGUUAGACAUUCAGACGGUGAUUUUUUGGUCUCCAUUUAA